AGACUGUCCUCCUCUCAGCAAGCCUUAACGACACCCCCAGAUAGCCCCACGAAGGAGGCAGCUACGUCUCAAGCUAUCGUGAAGAACCUGAAGUAUCUCUUUGGUGUGUUUCUUGAAAAGGUGCUCGAUCUUACCAACCAAAAACCUCCAAGCUUUCCCGUCUCCCUAGACCAGUCCUGGUCUCCACCAGGCCCUGACACGGUUCUGCGGGUGCUGGAAUGUGCUUCAGCUGAACUUUCUAUGGCAAAUAAGCCUGCGCAGUCUUCUUCUGUAGGCGAUGGGUUUGAUCUCAAACAUACUAUCUGGACAACACCGGAGGACUUUCGAUCGUUUGAGAAGUGGGCAUCUACACCCCAAUUCAAGAUAGUCAAGAAAACCUGGGACAAAGAAUCAUGUAAUUACAAGAUCGCCGAACCAGUGGAGACCAGCGAUGGUUUUGACGAAUAUGCUGAAUAUGCAUUCGCUGUGAUGCCGUAUAUAGACAUCAAAUCGAAAGAACUGUGUGACAUCCUGCAAGAGGUGCUGUACGAUGUCAAAGCUAUUAGUCUGAUGGAGGACAAGCUAUCGAGCUCUACAGAUGCGCGGAGAGCACGGACAAUAGUUCGGGCUAUAGAUCGGCAGCAUCGGAGCAUCUCUGUUUGCUUAUCAACUACCUCAAGCAAGCAUAUACAGCUAUCUCGCAGUGUCUCUCGUGAAUAUUAUAGCAUGGUCAUAUUACUUAUGACCUUCUUCGGGCGCUUUUCAAGCCUGGUUAUCAUAUUUAUACUAUAUAUAUUAGCACAAAAGAGCUGUAAUAUGUCAAAUCAGCACGGGAGAAGGAAUAAUCUAAAAUGA